UCUGUGUCCGAGGCGCACUUGCCCGUGAGAAGAAAGCAAGUUUGGGUUUCCAGCCCGUAGAGGUUAGGGAACGGCACGGAAACUCGGCGCUCUUGAAAACGGAGCCCUGAGUUUCCAUCCUCACACCUUACCGUAAUGGCACUCCAAGUUUUUGUAAUCGCGACGGCGCUGACGGCGGCGGGAGCAGCUCGGGCGCAGGAGGCGGGGCUGCGGGUGGAGUCCCUGGGCGUGACGGAAUACCUGCGGAACCCGUGCAUGAUCGUCGGCACUCGGGUUGUGGACGUGGACCUGUACGACCACGAGGCCGCUAUCAUCCGGCAGCGGCAACUCGCCUUCACCAAGAUUUCCCUCGCCAGCCAGAGUCUCACGCAGCUCCAUGAAAUCGUGGACAACGAGUGCAACACUGACUUCUCGCUGGCGACCCUGCCUGCUAUUCCCAAUCCGUUUUCACGACAGAUCCGCAACGGCUACCGCCUCAUGGAGCGGGACUUGCUCUUCCUCGCCGCCCACGUCUACUUCACCAUCAACACCACGAGCGAGGCCAGCCCUCGGUGCCACCACGAGAGCCUGGAGUUCAUGAACCAUCUGCGGGCCCUGACAGGACGCCUGGAGAACAUUAUGUGCAGUCUGAGGAUGCUGGGGAACAAUCUCUUCCACAGUCAACACGUGCUGGAGGAGGUGCUGUCCCUUCGCCUCCAGAGAGAGUCCUCCUGCGGGGGGCGCGCCGUUUGGAGUUGUAUCCUCAUAAACCGCGUGAGCCAGUCCUUGUCCCUCCUCCAGCAGCUUCUGCGUGUCGACAGUUCCGUCAGCGCAGACAAUGACUUGGCGGUGCUGGCGCCUCAAAAGAAGAGGAAUCCGCUCAAGCAGAAGAAAUCUCCGGCCCAUAACAGCGAUCAGCCUCUGUUGCAGCAGGUGAGACUUCCCCCUCUCUCCCCCCCGGACGCCUUCCCGUCGACCACGGAGAAGCACCCGAGGAAGCAUGGCCGACACGCCCAUAGGAGGCACUUCCGGAAAUCGGACAUGACCUCCUUUGUCUCGUGCAUGAGGCACCGCUACUCGCCACAGAGGGCAGGCCCCUCGCUGCCCAGGAGCCGCUUCUUCCUCACCUCGCCCCUCCGCCGGCGCGCGGACAGCCUUCCUCUGGACGACUCCUACAGUUUAACUCCGUCGCCGCUGAGCAUGUUCAGGCCCCACAAGGACAAGACGUCUAGUUUCCUGGACUCGUUUCGCCUUUGCCUCUUGGAUGACUACCCGGGCGACGAGGACGCCGGGGAGGAAGCCGGCGCCCCAAGCGUUUUCGAGCAGUCACGCGCUGAGGCCUUUUAGGCUUAGAAGGACGUCGGUCUCCGUUUAGUUGAGGAACUAAUUAUAUUAUCGCCCGAAGAAGGGAAACGCUAAACGUGGCUGGCAAGUUUAUAUAUUCCUUUUCCCUCCAUUCCGUCUUCAUUGUUUUGGAUGAAAGGAGCGGCUAGUCAGAGACCCAGGGCUGCAGGCCAGCGGCAAAUAGUGACUUCUUUCUGUAAGAGACACUUAGUCACGAUAGAUAUUUCAUGCGCAUUUUAUUGCAUUUCUGGAUGACAUUCAUAAUUUCCUGCUGCGCUCAUUCUAUUAGUCAUCAUUCCCUUACUUCAUUACUAGAUUAAGCUAUAAAUAGAUAAAAAGUUCAUGGCAAAUAAUACGGCAGUACCAGUACCAUAUACCUAUUACCAGCACAAGCACAAAUGUAAAACGGAUAGGCGAUGAAGGCAGACACACGGACUGGAAGAGCUGAAGACAGGUUUGUGAUCGCGAGAAAUAUUUCCGUUGAGAACAAGGAACACAAAACGUAUUAUGAUUUGCAUAAACACAAGGUACUGUUGCCACACGAUGUUACUCUAUGAUAAUAAAGUUAUACAAGCAGA